CGAUCCACCAGUCCAGCCCCGGCUCGGUCUCUCAACCCCCCGCCACCGCCCAGAUCCUCCGUCGACUACUUCCCCCCGCCGCCCGGAGCUUCGUCCCGCCGGACCAGAGCAGCUCCCCGACGCCAUCCACGUCGCCACUCCGACUCUGCCCGGACAAGAUCUGCUCCUCCCCGACGCCCUCCCGGACCAGUCCAACUCCUCCCCGGCUGCCCAGAUAUCUCAAAUGGCCACUACAGCAUGCUUCGUGAUUGUAAGUAAGAAUGACAUCCCAAUCUAUGAGGCAGAAGUUGGAUCCGCGCCCAAAAAAGAAGAUCUGGCUUAUCACCAUCAGUUCAUCCUGCAUGCUGCGUUAGAUGUUGUUCAGGACCUGGCGUGGACCACAAGUGCAAUGUUCCUGAAGUCAGUUGAUAGAUUCAAUGACCUUGUGGUGUCUGUUUAUGUAACUGCUGGUCAUACUAGAUUCAUGUUGCUUCACGAUUCACGUAGCGAGGAUGGAAUAAAAGGGUUUUUUCAAGAGGUUCAUGAACUUUACAUCAAGAUAUUCCUCAAUCCCCUCUAUCUGCCCGGCUCUCGUAUCGCAUCCUCUCAUUUUGAUACCAAGGUCAGGGCUCUUGCAAGGAAGUAUCUGUAGUGUGCGGUCAUGGAGCUGCACGUCAUGAUGCAGAAGCAGGCCGGCAAAGUACUUUUAUUUUAGCUCCAGUUAAUUUCGCUGUCAUUUGUGCUGCAUCAACUAGGCAGGUGGCAGAAGCGAGAGCAUGCUCUGUUUAUUUUUCUUGGACUCGCGCGUGUGUAAGCGAAUCAUGAGUUUAGAGAAUUUUCUCCUGGUCUGCCUUAAAAGUCAGGCGAUUCAACCUGAAUGGAUUGUGUUGUAGUACAUGGAAAAUCUAUAUACAAAUUAAUCUCCGUAUAGCAUGGAGGCAUUCUAUUGAUUUCA